AUGGGGCCUUGGAGUCGAGUCAGGGCGGCCAAAUGUCAGAUGCUGGUCACUGGCUUCUUUGUCUUGCUGCUGGGCCUCUGCGUGGCCACCGUGUCGGGGCUCACCUACUUUGGGGCCCACUUUGCCGUCAUCAGCCGCGCGUCCCUGGAGAGGAACCCCUACGAGGCCAUGCACCGUGGGGCCUUCCUCGUGGGGGUCAGCCUGGGAGGGCUCCUGGCCCUGGGGGCCGUGCUGAGCGCCGCAGCCGCGGUGAGGGAAGCCCAGGGCCUCAUGGCCGGGGCCUUCCUGUGCUUUGCGCUGGCCUUCUGUGCCCUGGUGCAGGUGCUCUUCUGGAAAUUCCACAACCCCACCCAGGUGGAGGACGCCAUGCUGGACACCUAUGACCUGGUGUACGACCAGGCGGUGAGGACCGCCUCCCACGUCCGUCGGCAGGAGCUGGCGGCCAUCCAGGACAUGUUUCUGUGCUGUGGGAAGAGCUCUCCCUUCAGCCGCCUGGGGGGUGCGGAAGCUGGCCUAUGUCAAGGAGAAGACGCCAAGAGAGAGGACUGCCUGCAGGGCCUCCCAAGCUACCUACGGACACAGCAGCACGUGGCGUCCACCCUGACCAGCGUCGGCCUGGCUCUCACGGCAUACGCCCUGCUUCUCAGUGCCUUCCUCUGGCUCGCCAUCCGUUCUGGCCGCAGCUUGGACCGCAGAGGCAAAUACGCGCUGGCCCCCCGAGCACAUGGCUUCCAGUCCCCGGAGCCCAGGCUCCUCAGACACCCCCAGGGCGGACUCACAUGCCACCCUCCCUCUGAAGCCGAUGCUGCUGGUGACCAUCAGGGUCCAAGAGGACACUCGGGCAGCCCUUGGCGGCGCCAGGACCGCUACGCUCUACCUCAGCCCCUGUUCUGCCCAAUGGCGUGUGGGCCUUUCGCACUGGCCAGUGUCUCCGCCUGUUCCACCUUCUUCCAGCUGGAGAAGCUCUCUGAUUAG